AUGAAACGGGGUGUGCGUCCACAGACGGUGCAGCAAGGACCUGACAAGGCGGCUUGCGAGAGCGCGCCGGCCACGGGCGGCGUGAAGAAGCCGCACCGCUACCGGUCCGGCACGGUGGCCCUGCGCGAGAUCCGCCGCUACCAGAAGUCCACGGAGCUGCUGAUCCGCAAGAUGCCGUUCCAGCGGUUGGUGCGCGAGAUCGCGCAGGACUUCAAGAACGACCUGCUCUUCCAGAGCUCGGCCGUCAUGGCGCUGCAGGAGGCGUGCGAGGCCUACCUGGUGGGGCUCUUCGAGGACACCAACCUGUGUGCCAUCCACGCCAAGCGUCACCAUCAUGCCCAAGGACAUCCAGUUCCCCUACAGAUCAACGGAGAGCUUCCUGGCACGAUAGUCUCCCCCACCCAAAUACUGUCAGCCACAUACGUUUUCCCUAACAGUACAUGUGCCACGAGGCAAUGUUGCUACGUUAAAAUAUUGGGAUUACAUCUGUAG